UCUUCUUUUGAUCCAGUUACCACUGACGAAGUCGCCACUCUUUUGUCUAACACUCGCCUAACCACCUGCCCCCUGGACCCCAUCCCCUCACAACUACUCCGGUCACCCUCUAGCUCUAUCCUACACUCCCUUACUCACAUCUUCAAUCUCUCCCUUUCUAAUGGUGUCAUCCCUACCCCUCUAAAACAAGCACUGGUAACCCCCAUAUUAAAAAAAACAUACAUGGGGCCCACCAUUCUAAACAACUUGAGACCCAUCUCCCUGCUCCCAUUUACCUCCAAACUUCUUGAACGGCUGGUCUACAACCGCCUGAGCAGCCACUUUACAGUUAACAAUCUCCUUGACCCGUUCCAAUCUGGCUUUCGGCCGCAACACUCCACAGAAACUGCCCUUCUCAAACUUACUAAUGAUCUACUAACUGCUAAAACCAGUGGACACUACUCUGUUCUCAUACUUUUAGACCUUUCUGCUGCCUUUGACACAGUUGACCUCCCGCUUCUCCGUAAUAAACUUAAUUCCCUUGGCCUCCAAGACUCUGCUUUCUCAUAGUUCAUCUCCUACCUAUCUCAGCGCACCUUCAGGGUCACCAACAAUUCUACCUCCUCCUCUCCUCUUCCUCUUUCAGUGGGGUUCUCCCAAGGGUCUGUCCUUGGGCCCCUUCUAUUUUCUAUCUACACUUCUUCUCUGGGUCAAUUGAUAGCCUCACAUGGCUUCCAAUACCAUCUUUAUGCCGAUGACACCCAAAUC